GUCAUUUGAAAGCAGUUCUGCUACGUUCAGCCUGAGAAGCUUCAAGUUGGCAGCUGAACGAGGAAAAUGUGAGGAGUUCACACUGACAGGGGAAGGUCACCGAAAUUUUUACUUGAUAUGUUCAUGGCAAACCAAGCCUGGCUGGAGUCUUCCCUGCGGCGCUCUGGCAGUCUGGGCUUGGAGGUGCUGGAGCGCGCAUCCAGGCGGAGUGUGGACUGGACAAGCACUGAUGCGUCCCAGAGCCCCACUACGACAGACGAAGAUGCACAUAUAGCUGUCAAGAAGACCUGCCCAGAGCUUGAUGAGGCCUUUGCAACCAUCACAGAGUUCAUGGCACAGACGACCUAUCACUGCAAGAGGUUUUACGAGUCUGGCUGUUGCUCUGAGCCCAGUGACACUGAAAAAAAACACAUGUCCAGGUUCCACACACGUCCAGGAGCUGGGAGGAUACCACCCGCACUGCCAACCAGGAAACAUGGCCGUGUGUCAGCAGCAGGGGAAGAUUUUUACAUCGAGGUUUCACCUGGAACGUACGCUGUCACUGCCAGUAUGCCGGAGUCCCACCAGCAGACUCAGCUGGUCAGUGUUAAAGCUGGGGAGAGUAUCAACCUCAGCUUCAACCUCUGACCCCUCACCUGUCCAAACCAGCCACCCUUAACCGUCAAUAACAUAACUGACCCAUGCUGGUAAUGUUUACAUGUUUCUUUUUUUAUACAUAGAUUUUUGCAUGAAGAGUUUUAUUUUUGCUAUUAAAAUGUUAAUUUGCUGCAUAUUGAGAAGCCAUAUUUCUAUUGCAUUUUAGAUGUGUUUUAUUUGGAUUGUGUGUCAUAAUUUUGCUGGACAGCAUCAUGUAAUGCACUUAAGAAUGCUUUUACCUGCACUAAUACCGCUUCAGUAUAAUAAAAUAAAAUAUUUUUUAAAAUACA